AUGGUGGCCGUCUUCGCCGUGGUGACGGCACCAUCAUGGGCGCUGCCCAUCUCAGAGUUCCUAGAGAACGGGGUCCUCCCCAUGGACGAGACCGAAGCUCGACAAGUGCAGCGCCGAGCGUUCGCCUACAGCAUCAUCAACAACGAGCUCGUCAAGCGCAGCUCCACUGGUGUAUUCCAGUGUUGCGUCCAGCAAGACAAGGGUAUUGAGAUCCUCCUCGACAUACACCAGGGCGAGUGCGGGCACCAUGCCGCCUCGCGGUCCCUAGUGGCCAAGGCUUUCCGCCAUGGUUUCUACUGGCCCACGGCCCUCGAAGACGCAGAGUCGCUCGUCCUCAAGUGUGAGGGCUGCAAGCGCUUCAGCAAGCGCAGCCACCAGCCAGCGUCGGCACUUCGGACCAUCCCGAUCGCCUGGCCCUUCGCGUUCACCAAAUGGAUCGAAGCAAGGCCAAUCAAGAAGUUGGACGGGCCAACGGCCGUCCGGUUCGUCAAGGACAUCGCGGUGCGCUACGGCAUGCCGAACAGCAUCAUCACGGACAACGGCACCAACUUCGCCAAGGGCACGCUCGCGCAGUAUUGCUCCGUCUCCGGCAUCUGCCUCGACCUGGCCUCCAUUGCGCAUUUGCAGUCCAACAGCCAGGUCGAGCGGGCCAACGGCCUCAUCCUAUCCGGCAUCAAGCCGCGGCUCGUCGAGCCGCUCAUCCGGUCUCCCGAAGCCGUCAUCCCGACCGACGUCGAGUUCGACUCGUCGCGCGUCACGGUGUAG